GGGUGGGAUGGGUUGGUGGUUUGCAUCGUGGCCAUUAGAUGGCGCUCAAGAGGCUCCACGAUCCCACCGAGAGAGUUGAAUGGGAUCCCAGUGUGAUCUGGCUCACAGAGGCGGGAGGGGAAGACAGCGCAAGUCCUGGAAGAGGUUUGAGCCAAAAGCACUCUGCUGUCCGACUUUCAUCGACAUUCCUACGUGUGUCCGGCCCGCACAGCUGAGCCAAACGGUUCACGGCGCGUAAUUACGCACGGGAACGGCAGAUCCGCGGUGUCGCUCGCCGUGGAAACCCGCGGACAAAGGGAGGCAGACGGGCUGGCUGGAGUACAACUGACUUGAGAGGAGAAGAGGAGUACUGUUGGAGGGGAAACGAGGGGAAUCAGGAGUCGGAAGUGAUUUGUCUUUUUUUUCUCUUUUUUUUUCGGAAAUGUAACUUGCGUUCAGGAUAUCGAGGAAGAAGCUGAUCAGUUUUGGAAACCGAGAAAAAAAAAACAAAAAAAAAAACAAAGGACAAAAAGUGGAGUGUUGAGUGGAACCAGAGCCCGAAACAGCAUCCAGAUCCUCGGAGCAUGGGAGGAGUUUUCUGCGAGCUGUAAAAUGUUCCCGCUACAUCGAGAGAGGGAGCAGCCCAUCUUCAGCGCCAGAGCUCAUGUCUUCCAGAUCGACCCGGCCACCAAACGCAACUGGCUGCCAGCCAGCAAACACGCCGUCACCGUGUCCUUCUUCUAUGAUGCCAGCCGCAGCGUCUACCGCAUCAUCAGCGUGGGCGGCACUAAGGCCAUCAUCAACAGCACCAUCACCCCCAACAUGACCUUCACCAAAACCUCCCAGAAGUUUGGCCAGUGGGCAGACAGCCGGGCCAACACUGUCUACGGCCUGGGCUUCUCCACUGAGCAGCAGCUGCAACAGUUUGCGGAGCAGUUUAAGGAGGUGAAGGAGGCGGCCCGUCUGGCCAGAGAGAAAUCUCAGGAGAGGUUUGAACUGGCCAACCCUGCACUCAACAUCGCAGCUCCAGAGCUCUCCCAGUUGUCGGAGGACCGCCAUUCUCCGCCGCUGCUCACAGUCAACGGGCCGGGCGAGGAGAAGCUGUUUCGCAGCAAGAGUGCUGAAGUGGAGCUGACAGCAGAGAAGGAGAGGGUCAAAAAGAUGCUGUCUGAAGGGUCGAUGUGUGAGAUAAACCUGGAGGCUGAACUCUUCACACUGCAGGACAGUAACGCAAAGCUGGUGGCGGCACUGCAGGAAGCCAACAGCAGUGUGGAGCAGUGGAAGAAGCAGCUCGCUGAAUACCAGGAGGAGACCGACCGCCUCAGAGACCAGGUGGCAGAGCUUGAGUCACAGCUGGGGCAUCCUGCUGCUGGUCAGACUGGCAGAGAGGAGCUGAGUCAGUCACUGGAGAAGCUGGAGGCCCAGCUGAGAGACAAAGACCAGGAAAUUCACAACCUGCAGAGCAAGAAAACAGAUGUGGGCGAGCUAGAGAAGGAGAGGGAGGAGGCCAUGCAGAGACUGCAGGAUGUGGAGAGACGAAACACCGAGUUGGAGGAUCAGGUUCAGAGUGCUGAAAAGACACUGGCCUCCAGCCGUGAAGACCAGAAGCAGGCGGAGGUCGAGGUCCGGCGUAUCAUCGAGGUCCUGGACGUCAAAAUCUGCGACCUGAACGACCUGAGACAGAGCCUGGCCAAGCUCAUCGACAAAUAGCCACAGCGUCGUCUGGGCUGCAUCUCCACAGUCAGUGCUGGUUUCAUCCAUGUGGCUUUGAUUUGUGUGUCAGCAUAGCAACAGUCAAAGCGGCAUGGAGGAAAACAUGCAGGUGUUUACCUCCAUGGGUCUGUUUGGGUUUUUUUUUAAGAUCACUGCAGGUAAACAACAGGAACCUCAUAAAGGUGCUAAGUGCAAAAUAAAACAUCUGUACUGUACUCAUUGUUACAUUUACUAGUCUAACCGUGGUGUAAUUAUGAUACAGUCAGUCAGAACGAUGUAAUUGGCUACUACUACUUGUUUUCCUAUAUCAUAAUUCCCUGCAGCUGCACGUUUUUGUUGAUUUCACCAGGUUUGUACUCUUUUCACCAUCUGCCAUCACUGGAAACUGACAGCGUUUGUUCCAUUAGCUGUGGAAGAACAGCGCCCUCCUCCUGUUUUUGAUGCUAUAGCAGCGUAUUCUCUUCUAAUCUGACCCGGUGGUUUACAGUUUUAAAAUGCUGAGCAGAGCUGACAGCCUUUUUCAGUGAUGGUCUCAAUUGUUCAUGGUAAUAAUGCUAAUGUCUCAAAAGGACUGAGAUAAUGAUUUACUGAUUGCAAACAAUUCACAAAGCACCUUUAAAGGAGGACUCGCACCGAAGCCGAUUUUAAGCUUGUUAUUUUGCAAAAGCAGACAUUUCCAACAGGUGUCAAAGGAUUUUCUCCUUGUUUAUCUUUGAGUGAUCGCCAAUCCACUUGUAUUAGUGUGUUUUCACCUGAUUAACAGACAAGAGGAGCAUUAAAACUAGGAAAGAGUCACAAGAUCUGGUGGUGUAAUAAAGCCACUGGUGCCCUGUUUUAGUGCAGAGCCAGAGCUCUUGACUAUUCUUCUGUGUCGAGGCAGACGGUUAAACUGCAGUCCUGUAACAGCAGGAGUCACAUCUACAGUUUAAUGGACAAUUAGAAAUGUACACCCUCACUUUACAUAAAUAUUUAUCAUAAUUCUGAACAUUUGGUUCAUAGAAACAACAAGCAAAGUAAAAAAUGUCUGCUUUUACACAGUAACAACUUCACGCCGGUGGCAUCCUUUUCUUUCGGCACUGUGGAGAUGCACGCAGCAGAGGUUUGGUCGGGGUAAGGACACAUUGAGGCAAAGACCCUGAAUAAAGUCACCUCCAGUUCACCGUCAGCAGCCUGGACUGGCCUCACACCAGCCAGAACAUCAACAGUCUCUGAGAUGCAACAACCUGCUCACAUUCUAUCUUCUGAGGAUCGCCAGCGUUCAUGUUUUAUGAGGACGGCUCUUCCUCACCACUUAUUCUAUUAUUCAUGUUUAUCGAUGGGUUGCUCACAGUUGGGGUGGGAAAUCAACGAUGGCGAUGGGCCAACUUGCUGGUAAAUUCAAGCUGCAGCUGCUAGCUCUGCCCUCUGCAUUGGAGCCACACCGACAGGUACAUCAGCAUGUGAAGGAAGCUCCUGAUGUGUCACUGUGGCCUGUGGACGGAGACGCCGUUUCCCACCCCGAUGCUGGUGAACCCGAGAUUGCACUUGAUAAUGUUUGUGCCAAGUUUUUCCUUGUUUACAUUUGUCAGUGUUCACAAAAUUAUCAUGAUCUACUUUAUGUGCUUUUUUUCCUGUGUUGCUCAACACUACCAUUUACCAUAAUAGUAAUAAUAAGCCCAGAGAGAGGAUCAGGGGUGCUGCAGAGCAUAGAUCACUAGGAGAGCACUGCAUGAGCUCUGCAGAAGCCUCGGACCUGCCAAGGAAUGUGAAGGUGUGUGUGUGUGUGUAUGUACGUGUGUGUGCACAAUACUUGGUGUGCAGAUGGAGACUGAUCGAGUUAAAAAAGCACAACUGCAGUAGAUUUAGUAUUAGGGUACUUAAAUAACGUGGCUGUCAGCUUUGUAUGUGAACUUCUGAUGCACAAUAUCUAUCGAUCUUUGCGUCUCGCCCCCUGAUGAGUUAUUGAUUUCUUCUCAUGACAGUAAUAUAGGUACAAAUAAGGUGCAGUCCUUUGCAGCUGAUGAUGCAGGAACUGCCAGGAUAAUAACAUGUCAAAAUGUAAUUUAAACAUGUCAUAAUUGUUAGUAUAAUAAACUAGCAUCUCAUUAUAACAGUCAUCUGCAAUUAUUUGUUAGAUUUUACAAUAAAAUGCCUCUGGAGUUCAGCAAGCCCAAUAAUAAUAAAUAUGGAGGGAAAUGAGUCUCAAAUGAAAAAUGUACAAAUGUGUACCAUUUGUAAAUUCUUUUGGGUACUUGUGAAAGUGUGUUCCAAUCUGCACACACUUACAAAGCAACAUGAACACAUGUUGAACAGAUUUAGAUGGUUAAAUGUGUAUGUGGAGAUCAGGUUACAUUUACAUGUGGACAUUUGAGACAUUUUUCGCGUCUUAAGUGAUCCACAAAUGUAUGCUGCAUUUAUGUGCCAGUGAAAAACUGGGAAUUUCUGUGAAUGUGUCUGUAAUCAAUAGACAGAAUGGCUUGUCACAGCAAUUACAACAAAUGUAUUUGCCAAAUAUUGACUCUACACAGUAGCCUUUAAAUCAGGGCUGGUUCCAUUUUGCCCAUUUUGUUUUGAGUGAAAAAUAAUUUUUAAACUGUAAUAUUGUCUAUGCUGUUUAUUUCUUAUGAGUUUAAAUUCUCUUUGAAUAUGAAGGAUCCCUAAUUAUUACGAUGUUUCUCAUAAUCAGGUCAGUCAAUUAUGGGAACUUUACAUCCUAGAACCAUUUUUCUUUUCAAUAAUACAAAAGGUAUUUGUAUGGAAACCCAUUUCAGCCAAAUAUUUAAAAAAGAUAAACUAAUCUAAGAUUGAUUAAAAAAAAUGUAAGUAAAUGAAAAAUAAGUCAUAAUCAGGAGAUAAAGUUAUUAUGAGAUAGAAAGUUGAAAUCAUGAAAUCAUCAAAAAUUUACAAAAAAACACAACUGAUAUAUUAUAUAUUGAUAUUUUAUUAUUAUUAUUUUUUUUUUUUGUAUCUUUAACUGGCAUAAAUGGGCUUAAAUUUGUUUGCUUUUAGCCCGUGGCCCACCAUCAGCUUCAGUUCUGGCAUUCCAAGGGGAAAAAGUUUGGCCACUCCUGCCAUAAAUGUAUAUGAUUUUAAUUAGCUACUGCUGCUGGACGUGUUGUUUUACUGGGCAUAGUCAGUUUUGGCAAAAAGUGGAGCUGCAUGCAUUACACACACAUUAAUUUCUCUCUUUUUCUAGUAGUUAUUGUACCUUCAGUCCCACAACGCUGGUGUUUCAUCGUUUUGACAGGCUACUACACUACCUGAGAGUUCUGACAUCAGCUGAUCCAUGCAAAUCACUAAAUUAGCAAUAAGGUUUCUAGCAUAGAUGCCUGUUCAUAGUUAAUACCAGUAAUUUGUAGGUAAUACGAACUCUGUAGAGCCUGUUUUCAUCCAUUUUAAUAUCGGUACCAUUUUCCGCAGCUGUUGUCUUUUUUAAUGGCUUCUCCAGUUAGCAACAGAUUAGAACCAGCCUUUAAUCAAGCAUGAAGAAAAUGCAUCGGAGGCCAUCAGCUCCUCUGCUCGAGCUCCUCAUGGUAGAUUUUGGAAAAACUUCACAACAGUCUUUUUACAGUGCAUCAUUAAGGCACAGUAACGCUGUACGUGCAUUACGAGUAGUUUCUGUGCAUGCAUAAAGGGGGAAAUGAGACUAACUGCUAGAUCGAAUUUCCGAACUGCGUCUGACCUCUGUUGAGAGGUUGCGGGGGGCGACAUUUUCGACCGAACAGUAGAGGCAUGAAUAGAUAUUACUCAAAAUAUAGCAAUAAAUGGAAGAUGUUGUAAUACCCUCCUGACGUACACUGAAGUACGGCCUUUUCAAACAUCUGUUGCCAGCUACAAGAGAGAAUGCAGUACCAAAGACACACCACUGUCAUGCUGAAGACACGUCAACUGGAAUAAACACACAACUUUAACUUUGGUUUAACAUUUGACUCAAAAUACCUCAAUACUUCAGUUUCAUUUGGUAAAUGGAAAACAACUGGUCAACUGGUGUUCAUGGUCCCGAUUUUGUUGUUUCAUGCAUUACUGAAUUGAGGAGACAGGUGUUUGUAUGGAAUUUGACAAUGUGAGAUGAGUUCCUUAUAUUUGUAUAGAGCUGUUUAACAUUAAAACUCAGUCAUGCAGUCA